GCUGGCUGGCUGCUGAUAGAGGCUGCUCAGUGCUUCAAUCAGUGAGAGAAGAACAGAGACUGACAUGGAACAGGGGAAGCAUUUGGCUGGCCUUAUCCUGGCUAUCUCUCUUCUUCAAGGUACUAUUGCCCAGUGGAAACAAGGAGAACCAAUGGUAGUAGCAGUGGAUGAAAAUCAAGAAGAUGGUUCAGUACUUCUGACUUGUAACUUGAAAGAUGAAAGUAUAAAAUGGUUUAAAGAUGGAAAGGAAAUAAUGACAAAUAAAACUACAUUGAAACUGGGAAGUAGUUUGAAGGACCCUCGAGGGACAUAUUUGUGUCAAGGAUCAAAGAACAAUUCUGCAACACUCCAAGUGUAUUAUAGAAUGUGUCAGAAUUGCAUUGAGCUGAAUGCAUCCACCAUGUCUGGUUUUGUCUUCGUCGAAAUCAUCAGCAUUUUUUUCCUUGCUGUUGGGGUGUACUUCAUUGCUGGACAGGAUGGAGUUCACCAGUCAAGAGCUUCAGACAAGCAGACCCUGUUAUCCAAUGACCAGCUCUACCAGCCCCUGAAGGAUCGGGAAGAUGACCAGUACAGCCACCUUCAAGGAAACCAGCUGAGAAAAAACUGAGCUCCGCACUCAGAGCAGGCGUGUCCUUCCACACCGUUUCUAAGACAGUGCCUUUGCAUCACCUGCCUUGCCAACUGCUGCUGAUUUUAUUUUCUUUCCCCAAGCAACUAUAAAGUCCGGGUAGGAGUGGGAGGUGAUUGCAGAGGCCCAUUUCUGAAAACACAAGAGCCACUGCUAAUUUUCUUGGCAUAAGAAAAUAUGAAAGCUGUGUGUAUCUUUAAAUUCUUUCAGAAAAAGAAUGCUGAAUAUUAAUCUUAAUUCUAUAUAAGUGUUUCUCAACACCCACACCAUUAACAUUUUGGUCUAGAUAAUUAUUUGUGGUGGAGAUACUGUCCUGUGCCCUCUGCAUUGUGGGGUUUUUAGCAGCCUCCCUGGCCUCUAUUCACCAAAUGUCAGCAAUACCCCUGUUUUGAAAACUACAAAUACUGUAUCUCCAGAUAUUUCAAGUGCCCCUCAAGGGCAAAACUGUCCUUAUUUAAAAACCACUAAUAAAUAUUAACUUUUCAACCAA